AUGAAUCUGCUACCUCAGAUAGAUAUGUUUGAGCUCUUGGUGGAAGUGGCAUACGGCACAGACAUAUACAAGAAAGCCAGUCUUUCGAAGAGUGCAAUUGGCGUAAACUCAAACCCCAGAGAAGUCAAUAUUCUCUGGUCAGACGUUCGGCGGACGAUGUUGGUCUUUGCCAGAAAGCUUGAGAAGUCGAUAUACGUCACAACGGAAGACACCAUUGAUGCAGAAUUUUACAAAAAGUAUAUUUUUUUUGACUUUGGAGUUGUUAAGCAUUUAGCUGUCUAUUACUACUUCAUCCAAACGGUGUUGCAAAUCUGGACUGGUGAUGAGCAUCUGCGUCGGUAUUUGGUGCUGCCGUAUUAUUCAUUAAGAGGCCUGGAACCGUUCAGGGAGUUGCAAAUUUCAUUUCCCCCCAAGUCGGAUUUCAUUCUCAAACCGGGCUUGUUCAACCUUAUCUACGGAAAGAUUUUCCAGAUAAUAUUCGAGGAGGCAGACUGGUUCUGGAGACGUGCAUUCAUAAACGUUCACACUAUUGAGUUGAAUUUAUCGGUCAAAGAGUACUUACGAAUGACCGCAGAGGACAUGUGGUCCAUAGUUUAUUUGACACCUGCCCCAAGGGUUUUACGAAUGUAUUUAAGGGAUGAAAAUCAAAUGAAUAAUGCAAUCGAAGAUAAAUGGCUGGAAGACAACGAUACCACAAUGCUUUCGGCUCAUCGGGUAGAACGUGUGAUAGAACUUGCUCGUGUAAGAUUGUUUUCGCUACAGUACUCUGGAUCUAACACAAAGCUCAUAAACGUUUACCGGUUGAUAUGCAUUAUGCCAUUCGUUGCGCAUUUCAGCAUACGUUUUGACGGGUUGGAUAUUGGCUUGAUACCAAAUUUACUUUGUCGUCGACAGCGUCAAUGUUAUAUACAAAUGAAAAUUGACAAAGCAUCGUACAGGGCCCAAAAAAGUAAACAUGAGGCACACAAUUGGGAUACUCAUGUAUUCGAGGAUUUUGUUGUUUUAAACUGUGUUCAUAAUGGGUAUGAUAUAGUACCAUUUUCGGUAAUGUACCCAAACAAGGGACAACGAAUCUGCCUCAAGAGAUUUCGAAAAUGGUUGGGUUUCCGAACUAAAGCGUGA